GAGAGAGGGUGGCUCGGAAGUGGGGGUGCCUCUCUAACUCCUGCAACAUGAACUCGGGAAAUAUAUGGAUCUUCUUCCUGCUGACUCUGCCAUCUCUUGUAAGUAAAAAGUCCAAAAGUCUUGUUGUCGUUGUUCCCGUGCAUCUCUCCACUUCUGCUCGGAUCAGAUCCCUGUUUGAUAUCGCAUCAAUCUUUCUUCCUUUUGGCGUUGACUUGGCAGAAGGUGCUCAGAGAAGGGCAGAGAAAGGUGCGCUAAUGGGAUUUCUUUUGAAUGCCAAAUUGCAUUGCUUACCUGCGAAUGUUUCCUGUGAACGCAAACUCUGACUUAGAGAGCUCCAGUUCUGUUUCUCAGAAGCACUAAGGAUAAGAGGAAUAAAUGAGGAAAUUUAAGGGCUUGUUCUGAUACAAUGAUGGGACAGAGCUUGGGAAACAUUGCGUGGGGACGUGGUGGCAACUUUGUGUGAUCUCUUGGUUUGUCACCUUGAGUAUUGCUUAAAAUGUCUUGCUGAGUGGUCCUGGCAUCUACGGAUAGGCAUGGAGAUGCCUCAAACCCUCAAGGGCUGCUACCAGUCAGUGUACACAAUUCAGAACUGGGUGGACUGAUGGUUUGACUAUGUACCAGGCUGCCCUUCCAACUACCUCACCCCUUCCGGUAUUCUGCUAAAGGUCACUUGUACAUUAUUUGAAAUAUAAAUCAAGUAAUUGGGGAAAUUGCCAAUCUUGUCUGCAAAAUCCACCUACGCUUUCCACUCCACCAUCACCGUUUCCAUCUGUGGCAAAGCAAAUCUGGGAGAAAGAAAUUCUCCAGUCAGUUAGCUUGCAAAAACUCCAGAUGCAGGUUCUCCUAAUUUCAAAGUGUUCCCAAGAUUUGCAGCUGUGGAUAAAUUGAGGAUUGAAGGGGAGGGUGUGUGUGAUGGUUGUGAAAAUAUUCACAGUGGCAAGUUGCCAUUUAAAACCCACUGCCAAAGCUUGAGGUCUGACUUCAAGAGUGAGCCUCAGAGCUUUGUUUCGGAAGCAAAAUCUGAAAGAUGCCCAAGAGAGUCCCAAAGUUUCAGUUCAGCAUAUAAACUAAAUGCUUAAUUCAUGCGAUGUUUUUCUCAAGUGCUGGGACGAUCCAUGCUUCCAAAAAAAUUGGCUCCCAGUUUGAAUCCAGUGAUUUUGCCUGAAGCUAGACUGAAGUGAGUCCUGAUAACCCAUCGCCUCCAAGCCCAUCUGAAGUUGUCCCACCAACCCCAUUGAUGAGCAAAUCCAUUAAAGGGGGUGUUAGCCAUUGUUAUCGAACACCUCCAAAUCCAGGGAGGAUUUUUUGAGGGUUUAAGCUCCCCACCCCACCCCCAGUUAGUCAUAGUGUUGGAAACCUCUGCUCUGGCUAUACAAUGGUACCUUGGUUUAAGAACAGCUUAGUUUAUGAACAACUUGGAUUAAGAACGCUGCAAACCCAGAAGUCAGUGUUUUGGUUUGUGAACUUUGCCUUGGAAGCAGAACAUGUUCUGCUUCCAAGGCAGAGUGUGUUCCAUUUGUAAAUUGAGUCCCCCACUGCUAUGGGAAAGCACGCCUUGGUUUAAGAAUGCUUUGGUUUAAGAACGGACUUCCAGAACGGAUUAAGUUCGUAAACCAAGGUAAAGAUAAAAGUACCCCUGACUUUUGGGUCCAGUCGUGGAUGACUCUGGGGUUGCGGUGCUCAUCUCGCUCUAUAGGCCAAGGGAGCCAGCGUUUGUCCACAGACGGCUUCUGGGUCACGACUAAGCCGCUUCUGGCAAACCAGAGCAGCGCACAGAAACUCUGUUUACCUUCCCACUGGAGUGGUACCCUUUCCCCUCUCACAGAACUACAGUUCCCAGAGUUCCCUGGAAAAAGGGAUUGGUUGUGAAAUUCUCCCCAUCCCUAAUCUAGAGGCACCCAAAAGGUUUAGUAUAGCACAGGCUCCCCUCUUGGGACAGUGUGUGGAGAGAGGGAGAAGCAGGCUCUUUUUACUUUCUUACAGAAAUGAAAGGAGUGUGGCAAAUAGAAGACUUGCAGUGGGUGAAGUAUUUGCCAUCUCCAGCCAUGUUUUGGGCUGGAGGCCUCUUCAUUAAUGAAGAAGGCUGUGAAUAUGAAUAGCGCAUGCAUUAGGAAAUCAUUGCCUUCUGUACUCUAUGUGACCCGAAAAAAAUAUAUGAUCCAGAGAUCUGGAAACCUUGCUGAAUAUUUAUCCCGCUGGUGUGGAAAUGAGCUGAGCAGCAUCAGCUAGGCCACCUGUCAAGUAGGUCGAUUUCACCGUGUUUUGAUUGUUCUGGGUCUCAUUCUCUCCCGCCCCUUAACAAGAACAAAUCAAUGGGUUGUAGCAUUGAGCCAUGACUAGUCAAAAGAAUCAGGAGCAGAGGCCAAAAGGAAAGUUUGUAGCCAUGUGCUGAAUCCCAGAAUGCAAGGGGGGAAUAAUAAUAAUAAUAAUAAUAAUAAUAAUAAUAAUAAUAAUAAUAAUUUAUUAUUUAUACCUCGCCCAUCUGGCUGGGUUUCCCCAGCCACUCUGGGCGGCUUCCAACAAAAUAUUAAAAAUACAAUAAAACAUCAAACAUUACCAACUUCCCUAAACAGGGCUGCCUUCAGAUGUCUUCUAAAAGUCAGGUAGUUGUUUAUUUCCUUGACAUCUGACAGGAGGGUGUUCCACAGGGUGGUGCUACUACUGAGAAGGCCCUCUGCCUGGUUCCCUGUAACCUCAGUUCUCACAGGGAGGGAACUGCCAGAAGGCCCUCGGAGCUGGACCUCAGUGUCUGGGCUGAAUGAUGGGGGUGGAGAUGUUCCUUCAGGUAUACUGGGCCGAGGCUGUUUAGGACUUUAAAGUUCAGCACCAACACUUUGAAUUGUGCUCAGAAAUGUGCUGGGAGCCAAUGUAGGUCUUUCAGGACCGGUGUUAUACAGUGGUACCUUGGGUUAAGAACUUAAUUCGUUCUGGAGGUCCUUUCUUAACCUGAAACUGUUCUUAACCUGAAGCACCACUUUAGCUAAUGGGGCCUCCUGCUGCCGCUGUGCGAUUUCUGUUCUCAUCCUGAAGCAAGGUUCUUAACCUGAGGUACUAUUUCUGGGUUAACGGAGUCUGUAACCUGAAGCAUAUGUAAGCUGAAGCGUCUGUAACCCGAGGUACCACUGUAUUGUCAUCUGUAGAUGGCUCGGUACAUUUGGAGGAACAUCUCUUUGCCCUUUUAAAAAGCAAAAUAAUAUAUAACAUCCUCUGUAUAUGCCCGUCUAGGUUUUAAAUUGGCUGUGAGUCACAGAAAAUUGGGUGGUCCAAAAGUGGGAUUAGCAGAGAGCCCCUGGUGGUGCUAAUUUACUUGUUCGCUAAGGGAUGGAAGGCCAGUCUUACAAAGCUUUCCCAUACUUGCAGGGGUAAAAAUGGCAAAAGUUGCAUCAGGCUGACAAUUGAGGAAAAGUCAUAGCUUAGUGGCAGAGCAUCUAAGGACCCGGGUUCAAUCUCUUGCAAUGCCAGGCAAAGCUGGGGAGCCUCUGUCAGUCACUGUAGAUGUGCUGGGCCUGGGGGUAACCCGUGAAACGUGGUCCAGGACCAGUCCAGAAUCCGAAGGUUCUGCUGGGAGUCAGUCUGACAGGGCCAAGGCAGGAAACCAGGCAAGGACAAGGGCAGGUUCUCACAAACAGCAAUGUUGCUCCCACAACCUGGGGUGGGGUCUGACAGCCUUUUAUCUUUGUCGGGUUAGCGGCCAGUCCUGAUCCCCCAGCAAUUCACCUCCCUGUUUUGCCCAAAGACGAGCACUCCUCCUGCAAGUACUCAGGCCUCUCCUUCUCUCAGACCUUAGUUUCCACAGCUCGGGAGACGUCGGUGUGUUACUAGACCCAGAGGCUGCCUCAGCCUCCCCUGACCCAACCGGCAGUGGAGCAGCUGUAAGUGAUGGCCCAGCUGAAGGCAACGAGGUCAUCCCCGCAUCUGGAGCCAGGGCAGGCUCAGCUGGUGUUUGUUUCAGGGGAACCAGUGCAGACUGGGACUCUUCAGGAUCAGGCCCCAGACUUGGUUUGGAUGCCGCCUGAGGCAAAGGAUCCGGUGCAGACAGAGUCUCCUCUGGUUCCAAGUCUGAGCCCGAGUCCCAGGCCAUCACAGUAGACAAUGCUGGGCUUGAUGGAGUACUGUUUUGAUUCUGCAUAAGGCAGCAUCCUUUGUGGUCUCUAGGAAGGAGAGGUUGCAUAGCUCAGUUGGUUAGAGCCUGGUGCUGAUAACACCAAGGUUGCAGGUUCGAUCCCCGUACGGGACAGCUGCACUGUAGGCAGUUGGAAGGGCUGUCUUUAGCAUAUGUGGCGCUGGGGUGCAAAAAACUGCCCAGCGCCCCCAAUUGGGGGGGAGGCCAAAGUUUCUGAGCUUUGUUUAGGGGGCAGCUCAGAGUUGUUCAGCUUUUUUGGGGGGGCGUGCAACUCUCUCCCAUGCUGCUGUGGGUGGAGGGAGGAGAGCAAUCCCCACAGAGGCUUGGGACAGAAGCUGCGCGCCUCAUGUGAGCAGUGUGUGUGUGCCUCUCAACAGCCCACCAAUCCCAGGAGCGCAGGAGGGCGGAGCCGGCCUGCCGCCUCAGCUCCCGCAACAGAAAACCCUGUGGUGCUCCAACGAGCUCUGCUCUGCUCAGCAGUGGCUGUCGGCUGGCCUGGCUCUUCAAUCCCCAGACUCCAAAUCUCUGCCCCGGACUCUCGGCCUGGCGCCCUGAGAGCCCGGCGCCCGGGUGCCCCACACCCCUAGCGCCUAUGGGUAAGCCGGCCCUGGCAGUUGGACUAGAUGAGCUUCAGAUUCCCUUCCAACUCUACAAUUCUAUGAUUUUUCCGAGCACCAGGUAUACCCAAUGUUGAGUCAUUUAUUCAGUAAUAACUAUUACAUGUCUCACCGUUUUCAACAACUGAAUGAUGAUUGACGUAGUGAACUGAUGUAGGAUGUGCAAGGAAGAAGAGGGGAGGAAUACACCACUCAAAUGUUAAUAGCAUCACAAACAACAAAGGCUGCAAUCCUCACCCUACUUCCCUGAGAGUAAGUCCCAUUGUAUUCCGUAGGAGGGGCAUUUGAGUAGACCUGGGCACUAUACAUGUAAAGCACUAUCCUACCACUUUAAACAGCCAUAGGUCUCCUCCCAAAGAAUCAUGGGAACUGUAGUUUCCUAAGGAUGUUGAGAGUUGUUAGGGGAGUGUUAUUUGCCUCACAGGGCUACAAUGUUCAGAGUUACCAGGGAAGAGGGAUUGACUGAUAGAACACUUCGGGAAUUAUAGGUUUAGGAGGCGAACAUGAUCUCCUAACAACUCUCACUAUUGUCUUUAACAAACUACAGUUCCCAGGUUUCUUUGCCGGGGGGCAGCCAUGAUUGUUUAAAGUGGUAUCAUAAUACUUUAGAUGUAUGGUGCAGAUGGGACCGUGGUUAGGAUUGUACUACAAGGAGGGUUUUUUGUGGGGGUGCAGAGAGGGAAAGAAGGUGAGGUUGUAUCAAUGUGCCUCUUAUUUCUCCCCUGUUUCCAGGGUCUUGGAAUGUCUCAAGCAGAAUGUGAAGCUUUAACAGAAUGGAAGAAAAAUGAGAGUGAAUGCCUCAAGGAGAUUCGGCAGCACAUGAAUGAAACAGCAGGUACCUUAGAAGAAGUGGUGUUUGGGUCUCUGGAGAGGCAUUGGAUAUCUCAAGAUUGGGAAAUUUCAUGCCUUGGGACCCCAGACCUCCAUUCUAGCUCUUGACGCUCGCCCCUCACCACUUCUGCUUCACACCUUCCUUAAGUGUCCUUUGUUUGGCUGAAACAACAAGUCCUCAAACUCUGAUCAUGCCUUUCACUUGCAGGGAUAGAGGGCAGAGAGGGGUGUGCAAGUAGCCCGCAUGUAUCUAUUUUAGAGAGACACGGGUGGUGCUGUGGGUUAAACCACAGAGCCUAGGGCUUGCCGAUCAGAAGGUCGGCGGUUCGAAUCCCCGUGACGGCGUGAGCUCCCGUUGCUCGGUCCCUACUCCUGCCAACCUAGCAGUUCGAAAGCACAGAGUGCAAGUAGACAAAUAGGUACCGCUCCGGCGGGAAGGUAAACGGCGUUUCCGUGCACUGCUCUGGUUCGCCAGAAGUGGCUUAGUCUUGUUGGCCACAUGACCUGGAAGCUGGACAUCGGCUCCCUCAGCCAAUAAAACGAGAUGAGCGCCACAACCCCAGAGUCGUCCAUGACUGGACCUAAUGGUCAGGGGUCCCUUUACCUAGUCAGCGUUAAGGUGUUGGGCCACAGUUGUGCAGCCUGUGUUUUGCUUAGGUCCUGGAGCCUGGUGUUACCUUCAUUCACUUUGCAGUUUGAUUACUAACUUUCACUCGGUGCGGGAAACCCCUUUAAUAUAGUUUGGGUGUUUCGAGGGGUGCAGAAUGAGGCUGCCUGGUUACUGGUUGGGGUGAACUUCAGUGAGUACAUUACAUCAGUCACACAAAACGUAAAGGUAGAGCCGGGAUUUCAUAAGGGAAAUCCCGAUGUCCAUAUUAGAGCAAACCCUUGAUUGUAGGCCAACCAAAAUGCCACAAAUUAGUGCACAAGCUUCCUAGUUCUGCAGAGUUCUCCAUCAAGCUAGGUAUUUAAAAACCCAAACAUAAGAAAAAAAGGGAAAAAAGAGGAGGCCAGUAUCCUGUUCUCACAGUGUGGCCAAACAGAUGCUUGCUGGACUUGAGCACUCUCUCCUUACGUGGUUUCCAGCAGUAUUCCAGUUGGUAUUCAGAAGCAGAGAUGCCUCCAACCAUGGAGACAAUCACAGCCAUCCUGGCUAGUAGACAUUGAUAAGCUUACCCUCUGUGAGUUUGUCUCAACAUCUUCAAAAGCCAUCCAGCUUGGUGGCCAUCACUGCCUCCUGAAAGAGCACAUUCCAUAGUUUUACUAUUUCUAUAGUUUAACUUAAAAGGGGGAAAUGGAAGAAAAGGCAGCUGGAGUCACUCCAUCCAAUGACGUCUGCAUUUGAUAAGUUCUAAGAAGGAAUGAGGGAGCAGCUAGCAGACAUUCAAACAGAGCAUUUCAUGUGCUUACAGGUUUCACCAACCUCCCUGGGAAGAAUUUCCCUAAACCUAAAGCAUCUGAAAGUGUCUCAUUUGAAUGGCUCUUAGCUCCUCCCAUAUUCCCUCUUAAAGUCAUACCUCGUGUUGCGUUUGCUUCAGGUUGAGCAUUUUCAGGUUGCGUCCCGUGGCAACCUGGAUGUACCGGAAAGGGUUACUUCUGGGCUUCGCUGCUCGCGCAUGCACAGAAGCUCAAAAUGACGUCAUGCACAUGCGCAGAAGUGGCGAAUUGUGACCCGUGCAUGUGCAGACGUGGGUUACGUUCUGCUCAGAUUGUGAAUGGGGCUCUGGAACAGAUCCCGUUCGCAACCAGAGGUACCACUGUAUAUGGAUGGCUUAACUAAUACCAAGAGCUUUUUCUCUCCCCCCCCCCCCACCCCUUGUGGUCCUGUCCCCAUCGCCAACGUCUAGCCUGAUAAUAACGUCUGGGUCCUUGAAAGCAUGCUGUUUUGUGACAUUUUGGUUGAGAUGCCCUCCAAUGGAUUUAGGAAUAUUAUAGCCACGAUAUUGAAGGAGCUCCAGAGGUUACAAAUCAGCCGCUGGACUCAGUUCAGGGCACUGGGAUAAUCCUAUUAGCUUUUGCAUUCCCAUUUCCAAGAAUGGCGAAAAGAUGUGAGAUUUCAAAGUGUCUUUUCCCCUCCCUUUGCAAGGUUGCAAGAGAAUAUGGGACCAACUCCUGUGCUGGCCGGAUACAAAUGCUGGACAAACGCUCACCUUUACCUGCCCGGGCAUCCUUCUCCACUUCACAAAGCAUCCAGGUGAGGGUGCCAUGACCCUCGUUGUGUUGAUUUGUUUCUAGGCAUUGUUUACAACUGCGCUUAACCCUUUGCAUAUUGCUACCUGAGGUAUCUUUUUCAGUAAUUCCCUCCAAUGUUUCCAAGGACACAGUUUCCAGUAAAACUUCUGAUUUUUCGUAGAAGUGACAUACCGUAUUUUUCGCUCCAUAAGACGCACGUUUUUCCUCCUAAAAAGUAAGGGGAAAUGUCUGUGCAUCUUAUGGAGCGAAUGUGUGGUUGAUCACUGGCUCCCUUUCUGGCCCCGCCGCCUUGCCCAGGCCUCCAUUGUUGAAUGUUCUGCAGAUGGAGGCUGUUUGUUCCCCCAGCUACAUGUGACUGGCUGAUUAGAUUAUCUGUCUGGAAAGUGUAGAAACGGCUUACUUUCCUUUCCUAAAGAAGCUGCGGAACUGUGAGUUGAACCCCAUAAAAACAGGAUUUUUUCCAUUUGCAAAGUAAGCUCAACAACUUUGAGCUGAUCCUCAAAAGGGGGGCUUUUCCUCUUUGCAAAAGAAUCUGCACAACUUUGAGCUGAUCCCCCCCAAAACAGGGCUUUCCCCCUUUCCUCCUCUAAAAACUAGGUGUGUCUUAUGGUCAGGUGCAUCUUAUGGAGCAAAAAAUACGGUAAAUGGUAGGGGUUCCUCAAUUGUUGUAAUGAGCAGCAGAGACCCACAGUUUGCAAGAGAACAGGACUCAGAAGAGGCAGUUUAGAACUGAGAGAAUCCCAUCUUACAUUUUUCCCUCUCGGGUUGGCUCCCGUAACCCUGCUGGAUUCCUACCAAUCCAAAUGGAAAGCUACACUGUACAAAAAGCUAAGAGGCUUGGGACCUGAUAGCGGUCCUGAUAGCGGUCGGUUAUGAGGAAAGCUAGAGCAAUAUUCCGCCAACGAAUUUGGGAUGUGGAACUGCAAUGUCACAUAAGUGAGAUGAACAAACACCCAGCAAUAAAAGUUGCGUGGGGUGUCCCCCCCCCCCCCCCCCGAGGAGAAAUAAAGACACAGGACACCAAGUAUUAGGUUAAUGGGCGAAUUAGGCCACAACUUUAUUGAUUCCAGGAAUGAGCGGUAUUGGCUUAGGCAUUGGUCCUAUCGACUAACCGGCUUCAGCCUGAUUGCAUGAAGACCAGCAAGGGUUAACACUAGUAGAGGGAGUCAGCUGGCGUGGUGAAAAGAGGGCGGGCCCUGGCCGCGCCGACCCUAAAUAGGGCAGGCCAUGCCUCCCCAGCCACCCGAUUGGCUGGCUGGGUAGAUGACGUGGCCGGGAUUCCCCCGGUCUCGCGGGGGCGGGGCGUGACGCCCGCACCCCCACCUCCUCACCAAUAAAUUUGUCAAAAUUACAAAUACCUAAAUACAGACGGCUGUUUACCCUCUCUGGAUUCAAUGUGCUGCCAUCUGCCAUAUUGCAGGGCUGAUUUGAGGGUAAACCAUACGUGGAACGAGUCUGCCCCUGUGGCUUGAUGGAGGAAGAAACUGUCUCUCAUGCCUUGUUACGCUGUCAUUUCUAUGGGGAUAUACGCUUGCCACUUAUCAUCCCUGCUAUACAAAAAUCUCCAAAUGGGUCCGAACUUCAAUGCCUAAAAUCUCUUGUAGAGUACAAGGAUCCAGAGAUCACGCUAAGGAUGGCCAAAUUCUGUGUGACUGCCAUAAAACUUAGGGAACAAGCUGUGCUACCAUAAUGACUAAGGCCUCAAAUGACAAUCUUAGGUUAUAUUUUAGUGAUUAAGAUUUAACUUACUUAUUUUUAACUGCUGCUAUAUCUGUCUUGUCCCUGUUAUACCCAAUUGCAAAUUCAGAUGUAUCCCUAUUGUGUUUUAUGACUUCCUUGAUAUUGUGUGUGAGCUGGAGCUGGUCUGUGACCGAAAUAAUAAAUUCAUCUUACAUUUCUGACUUCUUUCCUUCUUGUUGUUCACAGGCUCGGUGAAAAGAAGCUGUACGGCUCAAGGCUGGUCUGACCCAUUUCCUCCCUAUUCCACAGCAUGUCCAGUGGAAGAUGAGGUGACUCUUUAUGAGGUGGGUAGAUCUGAAUAAGUACCUCAGAAUGAUACUCCCUGGUAUUUGGGAGGCAGGGGGAAGGCGAGGUGGAAGGGGGCAACUUCUUCAGGAGAUCAAUGCUUCCUGCGAUUAGGCAGAGCAUGAUGGAUGGCAAGGAAUGGUGCCUCAAAAAGUUGGCAUUGAAUUAACUCUGCAGUUUGAGUUUCUUUGCUGAUAGGGGAAUCUCUGUGCUGGCCCUGGAGCCCAGGACCGGACCAGAAUCCAGAGGUUCCGCUAGGAGUCAGUCAGACAGGACCAAGGCGGGUCACGAGGCAGGAAACCAGGCAAGGACAGGUACAGGAUCUCAGGCAGGAUCUAGCAUACAGCAAUGUUGCUCCCGCAACCUGGGACGGGGUCCGACAGCCUUUUAUCUUUGUCGGGGUAGCGGCCGGUCCUGAUCCCCCGGCGACUCACCUCCCUGUUUCACCCGAAGGCGAGCACUCCUCCUGCGAGUACUCAGGUCUCUCCUUCUCUCAGAGCUUAGUCUCUGUAGCUCGGGAGACGUCGGUGGGUUACUAGACCCAGGGGCCGCCUCAGCCUCUCCUGACCCAACUGGUAGUGGAGCAGCUGUAAGUGAUGGCCCAGCUGGAGGUAAUCCCUGCAUCUGGAGCCAGGGCAGGCUCAGGCCCCUGACUUGGCCCAGCUGGUGUUUGUGUCGCAGGGGAACCUGUGCAGACUGGGACUCUUCAGGAUCAGGCCCCAGACUUGGUUCAGAUAAUGCCUGAGGCAAAGGAUCCGGUGCAGACUGAGACUCCUCUGGUUCCAAGUCCGAACCCAAGUCCCAGGCCAUCACAAUCUCUUCGACUGGCACACCUUUCAAGUCAGGGAAGGACUCUUCCUCCUACUAUUUGGGUACCACACUUAACGUAUUUCUUUGUUGUUGUUUAGUCAUCUUAGUCGUGUUCGACUCUCCGUGACAACAUGAACCACAGCUUGCCUUGGAAACUCCCACUUUCUUCUCAAAGCUUCUUUUUUAUGUCCAUGGAGUUUUCUUGGCAAAAUACUGGAGUGGUUUGCCAGUUCCUUCUGCAGGUGGAUCACAUUUAGUCUAAACUCUUGGCUAUGACCUGCCCGUCUUGGGUGGCCCUGGACGGCAUAGCUCAUAGCGUCUUGGAGUUAUCCAAGCCCCUUCGCCAUGACAAGGCAGUGAUCCAUGAAGGCGUCUUACAUCCCCCCAUUUCUUCCAAGAAAUUCAGAAUAGGGUUCGAUACCUCGGGUUACAUAUGCUUCAGGUUACAUAUGCUUCAGGUUACAGAUUCUGCUAACCCAGAAAUAGUGCUUCAGGUUAAGAACUUUGCUUCAGGAUGAGAACAGAAAUCAUGCUCCGGCGGCGCAGUGGCAGCAGCGGCAGGAGGCCCCAUUAGCUAAAGUGGUGCUUCAGGUUAAGAACAGUUUCAGGUUAAGAACAGACCUCCAGAAUGAAUUAAGUACUUAACCCGAGGUACCACUGUACAUGGUUUGACAGAGAGGGAGAGAGAGGAGAGAGAGAGAGAGAGAGAGAGAGAGAGAGAGAGAUUGGCUUAGGUUCAUAGUUGAGUGUGACUUUGAAGCUCUCCCAAUGCUGUUGGACUCCCAUCAGCCCUGACUACUGGACAUGCCAGCUAGGCCUGUUGAGAGCCGAAGUCCAAGUACAUAUGGAGGUCCAUAAGUCCCCUUCUUCUGAUCUAGCCACUACACUGCUUUGGCAUUAGAUUGCUACCAUUCAAAAGGAAUGCUUAGUUUGGCUUCUGACUCAAGAGUCUAGAAUGGCACCAUCCUGCCUUCUCCCUAACCCAGGCCUCUGGUCUAAGUCCCCAACAUAUUCUGAGUAGCCCUACAAGGGCUACUACUCAGCUUCAGCACCACUGGUGUCAGGGAACCGGCGGACAGCUCCCUGUUCUGCUCUGUUGUAAACAUCAAAGGCCUUGCUGGUGUGAACCAUUCCCAGCUCUACCAGCCUCAAGUCUGUGGGAAUGUUGUGGAUAGUAGGAGAGGAUAUACUGAUUAAAUAUUAUCCUUCCUCACUCAUGCUAGUGAGCUAGUAGCAGAGCACAUUCCCUGUACAUUGCAGGAAGCCAGUUGGUAGAUUUGUUAGAAUCUCUUGAGUUAAGCAAUCCAGUCUGGCUUGUCCAGAUUGGAUUUGUUUCUUGUAAUUUCCCCUUUAAGGUAAAGGGACCCCUGACCAUUAGGUCCAGUCGCGGACGACUCUGGGGUUGUGGUGCUCAUCUCUCUUUAUUGGCUGAGAGAGCCAGCAUACAGCUUCCAGGUCAUGUGGCCAGCAUGACUGAGCCGCUUCUGGCGAACCAGAGCAGCACAUGGAAACGCCGUUUACCUUCUCGCUGGAGCGGUACCUAUUUAUCUCCUUCCACUUGAUGUGCUUUUGAACUGCUAGGUUGGCAGGAGCAGGGACUGAGCAACGGGAGCUCACCCCGUCGCGGGGAUUCGAACCGCCGACCUUCUGAUCGGCAAGCCCUAGGCUAUGUGGUUUAACCCACUGCACCUCCCACAUCCCUUUAACUAUCCCUUUAACUUUAACUCCCUCUUUAAAACAAUAAUCACACAACAGUCUUCUUUUAAAAGUAAUAAGAAGUUUACUUACAUUCAGUUCACAGCAAGACCCCUGAAGGCAGGCUUUAGCUUGUAGUUACAGAAGAGAGUGAGGGUUCAUCCCAUGUGGUGAAUGAUCCAGCAGACAGCAUAAGAGCACCAGGAAGAGUCAAGACAGAGAAGGGAGAAGGGAAGAUGGGUGUCUGACUGGCCCUUUUGUGGGGUCUGCCAGGGUCACGCCCACCUACCCAGUCACAUGAAGGGGGAGGAUGCUCCAGACCAGGUGAGACAGGAGGUCCUCCUGGCUGGAAUCAUAGAAUCAUAGAGUUGGAAGAGACCACAAGGGCCAUCGAGUCCAACCCCCUGCCAAGCAGGAAACACCAUCAGAGCACUCCUGACAUAUGGUUGUCAAGCCUCUGCUUAAAGACCUCCAAAGAAGGAGACUCCACCACACUCCGUGGCAGCAAAUUCCACUGUCAAACAGCUCUUACUGUCAGGAAGUUCUUCCUAAUGUUUAGGUGGAAUCUUCUUUCUUGUAGUUUGGAUCCAUUGCUCCGUGUCCGCUUCUCUGGAGCAGCAGAAAACAACCUUUCUCCCUCCUCUAUGUGACAUCCUUUUAUAUAUUUGAACAUGGCUAUCAUAUCACCCCUUAACCUCCUCUUCUCCAGGCUAAACAUGCCCAGCUCCCUUAGCCGUUCCUCAUAAGGCAUCGUUUCCAGGCCUUUGACCAUUUUGGUUGCCCUCCUCUGGACACGUUCCAGUUUGUCAGUGUUCUUCUUGAACUGUGGUGCCCAGAACUGGACACAGUACUCCAGAUGAGGUCUGACCAGAGCAGAAUACAGUGGCACUAUUACUGCUAUACUCCUAUUGAUGCAGCCCAGAAUUGCAUUGGCUUUUUUAGCUGCCAUGUCACACUGUUGGCUCAUGUCAAGUUUGUGGUCAACCAAGACUCCUAGAUCCUUUUCACAUGUACUGCUCUCAAGCCAGGUGGAGCAACACUCCCCUGUGUGUCCACUCUGGCCAAACAGGAAAUGUUGUAUUUGACUGCUCCAGUGAUGUUACAUCCCACAAAGUCUGGGCCGCUUCCUUGGUUUUGUACCAGGGUUGGGAAGCUGUUGCCAAUCAAAAGUUGCAGGUUUUCUCAUCCUUGACCAUCAUCCACAUGAGCUGGGGUUAUUGUGACACCUGGAGGGCCACAGGUUUCGCCAGCCAUGUUUUAUAUUUUUGUUGAACAAAGCACCAUACGUUUCCUGUCCUGUGGAAGACUGGUCUUCAUGCUUCUUUUAUAUCUUUCAUCUGCCAAUCUCCUGCUUCUCUUCAGAGGUUUGGCCCACUGCUACACAUUUGCUCCAAACUAAUAGUGGCAGAGCUCUGUUUGGGAAGGAAAGCCCUGUUGCUUAGCAACCCUCUUGGGGACCCCCUGGCGCUUGCUGAUGCUGAGAGGGUUGGCUCCAAGGCUUCUAGGUUAUGAGCUCAGUGGUGUUCCUGCCUCCCCUGAGGUUUCAAAGACUAAAAAACUAUCUCUAAUAAUUGCUGUUUUCGAAGCAGGCUGCAGGGAGGGAUGCUGAGGUUCAAAACCGUUUGGUUGUUCACUGUAGAGCACACAAUAUUUCUGAAGAUUUGUUGGAAUCUAUACCUGAAGAAUUUCAGGAGCUUAUGCUUGCUUGUCCCAGAUUGUUCAUUUAUUUAUAGCAUGAGAAUUGUGGGUUCUAGCCCCACGUUGGGCAAAAGAUUCCUGCAUUGCAGGGAGUUUGAUUCCAUGACCCUCAUGGUCCCUUCCAACUCUACAAUUCUGUGAUUCUAUUGUAUUUGUUUUUACCGUUCCACUAUUUUAUAAUUAUAUGCUCUGUUCAUGUGGGUUGUUGUUUUUGAUUUUUUUUAACCUAGUAGUUUCAAUAUUUAAUUGUUUGCUGGAAGCCCUCCGGGGCCAAAGAGUGGGAUGGCGGCAGUAAACAAACAAACAACCACAAAGGAAAGAUUAUCCACAGUGGUCUGAAAGGCACACUGUGUUCCCUGUUCAAAAGUGCACAUCUUUUUCCAAGCAGUAGAAUGGAAAUCUGAAUUACUGUUGUGGCUCACACGUGUUAUUGUUGUCUGCCAUUUGCUUAUAAUUGACCAUUAAGCGUCAAACCUGCUUUCUAUUUGCAAUAUUUCAAUUCAACGGGAAGCGGAUAGUGUUUUGGAACAGUAGCUAAAGCCCACAGAGAAUUGUUAGUUAUUUAAAAGCAUUUAUUUUAUUUCUUAAAAAGAAAAUACUUACAAAGUUAGCAAAAAGAAAGAGAAGGGGAAAGAAAUGUGUGUGUGUGUGUGUGUGUGUGUGUGUGAGAGAGAGAGAGAGAGAGAGAGAGAGAAAUAAUUUACAAAUAGUACUAAUAAUAACUGUUUAAGAAUUGGUGCCUGGGUUUUCAUUCGCCACCACUCCCGUUCCCCUUUCCCCUUGUGUUAUCAUGUUUCUUUGGUAAUUCAAUUUUUAUUAAAGUUUUCCAUAAUACAAUAAAAUAGCGGUUACAAAAAUUCAAACAAAGUAAGUGCAAUAUGGAGUCGUCUCUUCAAAGUAAUUCUUACUUUGCUCCUCCCAGCUCUCACCUGGUAUUUUUCCUUUCUCCUCCCAGCCUCUUACCCUGGGAAACCAGUGUGUCGUGUUUCUUCUGAUUGUAAGCCUGUGGGCAGGGACAAUCCUGCUUUAAUUGGAUGUAUCUAAGUCACUGGGGGAACCUUCCUGGCUUAAGAGUUGAAUAGAAAUGCAUUAAACAAAUAAGAAAUAACAAAACCCCACCAUCAGUGGGCACAGAAGCCACCAAUACUUGUAAGUAAAGGUAAAGGACCCCUGGACGAUUAAGUCCAGUCAAAGGCAACUAUGGGGUGUGGCGCUCAUCUCACUUUUCAGGCCGAGGGAGCUGGUGUUUGUCCACAGACACCUUUCCAGGUCAUGUGGCCAGCAUGACUAAACCGCUUCUGGCACAAUGGGACACCGUGACGCAAACCAGAGCACACGGAAAUGCCGUUUACCUUCCCACCACAGCGGUAUCUGUUUAUCUACUUGCACUGCUGUGCUUUCGAACUGCUAGGGUGGCAGGAGCUGGGACAGAGCAACGGGAGCUCAGCCCGUCACAGGGAUUUGAACCGCCGACCUUCCAAUUAGCAAACCCAAGAGGCUCAGUGGUUUAAACCACAGGGCCACCCGCUCCCUACCAAUACAUAUACCUUAAGUCAAACAUAUAAGUCAACUUACAGCCUCCAGAUGUCCAAACAGAUAUCCACAUGAAACUGACGUUCAAAUGCAGCCAGGCCAGUGAGGUUCUCAGACCAUUGCAUAACAGACCACAGGGCAUUUAUCCUCCCAGAUCAUAACUGAUGGUGCCCCUCUUUGCAAGAAUCUCUUUGUUUGUACAUUUGUUGCUCUAUUGUAGGACAUGAAUUCAAACAACUUUACAAUAUCUCAGAUUCUUUCAAACCAUUCUGAGACUGGGGCUGGUGGUGGUGGCUACCCCCCCCCCAAUGAUUUAGCCAUUUUUAUUUUGCAGGAGAUAGUUCAAUGUUACCGCCAAAUCCUCCUCUAGUACGGCAUCUUUCAAAUGGUUCAAUAUUUUGGGUUCGUCUGGUAACGGCUAUCCAAUACUUUUCUGUAAUAAGAUUCAUCCUGUCGAUGCCCUUGUUCUCCUUCCAUUUCAGCACGCCUACCUGACAACCGUCAAAACCAUCUACACUGUGGGCUACAGCAUCUCCACCACCUCCCUUGCUAUGGCCAUCAUGGUCCUCAUCGCAUUCAGGUAUGUUCAUGGGAACCUGACAGGUAGCAUGCUGUGCUGAGGGAGGGGUGAAUCACGAGAGGUAUAUGACUUUAGGAGAAUCCCUUCCUCCAAAGGGAUUCCAUUUCUGCCUGAACACUGAGCUAUCUUUUAUCACAUCAGCUAGACUGGUGACAGCAAGUGGCUGUCAGAACCAUAUAACACCAGUCCUAAAGGAUCUACAUUGGUUCCCAGUAUGCUUCCGAGCAAAGUGUUGAUGCUGACCUUUAAAACCCUGAAUGGUCUCUGUACCAGUAUACUUGAAGGACCGUCCCCACCCCCUUGUCCAGCCGGGACACUGAGGUCCAGCUCCAAGGGCCUUCUGGUGGUUUCCUCACUGUGAGAAGUGAAGUUACAGGGAACCAGGCAGAGGGCCUUCUUGGUGGUGGUGCCUGCCCUGUGGAACACCCUCCCAUCAGAUGUCAAGGAGCUACACACCUUUUAGAAGACAUCUGAAGGCAGCCCUGUAUCAGGAAGUUUUUUAAUGUUUGGUGUUUUUAUAUGCAUUGGAAACCGGCCAGAAUGUCUGGGUAUAAAUAGUAAAAUUUUGAUGAUGACGACUAUUACUACUACUUAAGUUUACUAGGUAGACAAGCAUAGGAUUGACACUGACGGUCUCUUAGCUUCUGCUCUCAGCCUCUUAUGGUUCCAUGUUCUACUCCUGCAGGAGGCUCCGUUGCCCCAGAAACUACAUCCAUGUCCAUCUCUUUUUCACCUUCAUCCUGAAGACCAUUGCCGUCUUCGUCAAGGAUGAGGUUCUUUUCAAAACAGAAGAUGUUGACUAUUGUAGCUUUUCCACGGUAAGGUGUAAAAAAGUGUGACUUGCUUGUGUCUCUGGUUUUCAUCUGUGUGUGUCAUGGCCACAAGGGUACCAGGGCUGCUUUCUUCUGCUUGCUCCUUCUCCUAAAGCACAAACUAUAGCCUGGGAACCUUCUGAAGAACCUAAAGGGAGGGAGGGACACACCAACUGCCUGGUUCUAGCAGAACAAAGCUUCAUGUAAUCUGGCAUUCUGCUUUCAGCUGGAGACAGAGUCUGUCACAGAGUGAGCCGGCAGUAAAUCACACCAUUCAAAGUCGGAGUUAACUUUUUAUUAACAAGAAUACAAUCUUCACAGCCUUGGCUGGGUGUCAGGCCUUAGGAACACAGCAGCUCAAUUUCAUGAAUUGGUUACCGAGUCUGAAUGUCCCUGACUAACCACCACUUCUCUGGGUAUAACAAGUCCCUGAGAGGGAUGGGAGGAAAAGAGCAACUCAACACUCAUUUAAUGCUGAAUCUAUCAAAUCAGAAUUUUCCAAAACAUUUUGUUUUUAGCUGUUUUCAUUUUUUAAUCUGUAAACUAACUUGAGGGAAAAGGUUGGAGUAUAAAUUUAAUAAUAACGAUAAUGAUGAUAAAAUGCAAACCGAAACACAGCUAAUUUUCAAAAUUCACACUUAUCUGAAUUUUGUGGUGUAGUUCUCCAAACAUAAGAACAUAAGAGCCUGGAGGAUGAGGCCAGUGGUCCAUUUAGUCCAGCAUCCUGUGCUCACCAGAUGCCUGUGGAAACCCACAAGCAGCCCUCACCUCUUUGGUUUCCAACAAAUUUGGAAGCUUUCUUGCCUCCAACUGCAAACAACGUUUACAAAAAUGCAGAUAUGAGGGGAAGUAAGGCUUUUUUUCAGCUGGAACUCACCAGAACUCUGUUCCAGCACCUCUAAGGUUGGGCACCAUUGCCGUUAUAAGAGAACAAGGGAGGCGUUCAUGGUGAGUUCUGGCACUUCUUUAUCUAGAAAAAUAGCACUGGGAGGAAGCAAACAUAAAAAAGGAACUUAUUCGUAAAAAUAACAUACAAAAUGCAUUAUAUUAGGGGAAACUGCUUGUGGAAACGUGUGCAUUGGUGAAAGAAAAUUGCACUCUUCUUCUUCUUCUUUGGUGAUCCCUCGUAGCCGAGUAAGAUUGUCUUCCAUAAACACGGUUUUAACAAUGAGUCCAUAAGUGACUGUGGAGGCCAAUUCUGGAUCCACACGUCCUUCCACAGUGGGGACUUUGGUUUCCGGGUGGGAGUUGAUCAUGGUGUGGAUUUGCCAAGCGUGCCUUCCUCUUAGCAAGUUUCUCCCUUUCAUCCUGAGUUUGAGUGUCUUCAAAGCAUGUGACACCUUUGGUAAAGGCUGUUCUCCAAUUGGAGCGUUCACAGGCAAGUGUUUCCUAGUUGUCGGUGUUUAUACUACAUUUUUAAAGAUUUGCCUUGCCUUGAUAGAGUCUCUAAACCUCUUUUGUUGACCACCAGCAUUACACUUUCCAUUUUUUAAGUCCAGAAUAGAGUAGUUGCUUUGGAAGACGAUCAUCAGGCAUCCACACAUGACCAGUCCAACGAAGUUGAUGUUGAAGAAUCGUUGCUUCAACACUGUUGAUCUUUGCUUCUUCCAGUACACUGGCAUUAGUUUGCCUGUCUUCCCAAGUGAUGUGUAUUUUUUUUUGGAGACACCGUUGAUGGAAUCUUCUGAGGAGUUGGAGAUGGCGUUUAUAAGUGGUCCGUGUUUCACAAGCAUACGGUAAGGUUAGGCUGACAAAUCUUUUAAAAAUAAAAUUCACAAAUUGCUGCAAAAUGUGGAGAAUUUGAAAAAUGAGAAACGGAUAUGCCCCAAAUCUACAAAUCCUACACAUGGAUGCUGUUAGAACUGGGGUGAGGAACCUGUGUCCAAAUGUUGUACUCCAACUGCCAUCAGCCCCAGCAAGCACAGACAAUGGCCAUGGAUUAUGGGAGUUGUAGUCCAUAAUACCUGGAGGUUUUUUCCUUUGCUUUCAGAUUUGAAUGAAUGUUUCUACCCUCUCCAUAAUUUCCUUCUGAAGCUCUCCUGAAACUCAGGGGUAGUUUGUGCAAUAUGUCAGGGCACCUAUAGAAGGGUUAUGGGUUUGGUUUGUUCUUGUUCAUAUUAUGUCUUUUGUGUUUCUGUUUUGUAUUUCUAUGCUGUGAACUGCCAUGAGAUCUUUGAUGAGGGGCAGUAUACAAAUUGAAGAAAUAAUAGUAAGAAUAACAACAGACACACACACAACCAAAAAACCCAAAGCAAUGCCCUACAAAUGAAGGUGUUCAUUGAAGUUUCACUUUCUGUGUUCUUUAGACCGAAUGCAAGAUCUCGGUGGUUUUCUGUCAAUAUUUCACAAUGGCUAACUUCAUGUGGCUGCUGGUGGAAGCUCUCUACCUCAACUGCCUGCUGCUGUCGUCCUUUCCCCAUGGAAGAAAAUAUUACUGGUGGCUCAUGCUGUUUGGCUGGGGUAAGUGAGGAGGACUUGCAGCAGUGGUGGACCUCAGGCUGGCAAGCCAAAUGCUGCUCUCCAAGCCACCCCAAGUCUGGCCCCUAGACGUUUCUCCAGACCACUCCCCUUACUAACUCUGCUUCACCCCCGAGUGCUUUUGCCUGGCUGGAAUUUGCCCUUGAACUCUGAUCCUGUGCACGCUGCACAUUACCUCAUAAAUCCCCAGAAUGCUGCAGCAGCCAACAGCAGUCCUACUCCAGUGUAAAGCCUCAGAUCUGGGCCCAUAACCUCAAUGUCAGAAUCAGGGGUCAAAAAGGCCAGUUGGCUCGGUCCCAUCUGGAGCGUCGCCCCUCAGCCCUACCGCUGCGGAGAUCCAUCAACCUCUGCUCCAACAUGCAGAGCUUGCAGACUUGAGCACACUUUACUCAGCAGUGUAAACUGCACAACAGAAGAGGCUUGAGGCUGUAGACACAUACUAAACUACGCAUUUAUUAUACAUAAAUCAGGGCAAAGAAAUCAUGGCAUCUCUCCUUGCCGUCUUCUUGGAAAGAGACAGAAAACAAAAGCCAUAAAGAGCGGAAGUUCUGCUCACACCAGCAAUCUGUGCUGGAAUAUAAACAGACAUGUGACAUGUAACAAUCCCAUGUCUGCACCAAAGGGUGGAAUGGAAUCCCAACACCGGGCACCCGAGCGGCUAUCCCGUGCCUGGGAGGGCACCCUCCGCACCACACUCCCCGUCAGGAGCAUGUCAUGCCCCCCUCGGGAGUGCGCCCACCCUGGGCAGCACGGGCAUAUGCACCACCGCUGUCUGGAUGUUGCUAGACUACAACUCCCAUCAGCCCCCAACAAGCAUGGCCAGGGAUGAUGGGAGUUGUAGUACAGCAACAUUUGGAGAGCCAAAGGUUCAUCACACCUGCUCUAGAGACACAGAUCAAGGAUCUGUCCCCUUAACAAGUAGGUGGUUGGUUUUGGAAAAUUAUGUGGGUUGAUUGCAUCCAUAAAAAUCACCAUGUCCUCUGUUUUCAAUCCUACAGGUGUUCCAACGUUUUUUACCAUACUGUGGAUAUUAGUCAAGGUGCAUUUUGAAGACAUUUCGUGAGUCAUGUUCUGUGUUCAGAUUCAUAAAAAUGAGGGUGGGGGGAAGGCACAGGAAACAAGAAAGUAAUCCAGGCUUCCAGAAAUACUGGCCCACCAAGCAAUGGAUCUCUGAGCCAUGCAUGGUUACUCACCUUGGAGGUGCUCAUCUGCUUUUUGGUGGUCAACCUGCUAUUGCAAACGUUGCAAGUGGUGGCUGUUGACCUGUGUUUGCAUUGUAGUGUGUGUGUAUCACAAGAUGUGCAGGCUUAAAGUGGUCAAAUUAGUGUUGGGCUGAUGCUUAACACACACAAAAAUCCAAAAAAAUUGCCUGGAAGAUCAUUAUUGCUCAGGUAAAGAAGAAGAAGAAGAGUUUGGAUUUGAUAUCCCGCUUUAUCACUACCCAAAGGGGUCUCAAAGCGGCUAACAUUCUCCUUUCCCUUCCUCCCCCACAACAAACACUCUGUGGGGUGAGUGGGGCUGAGAGACUUCAAAGAAGUGUGACUAGCCCAAGGUCACCCAGCAGCUGCAUGUGGAGGAGCAGAGAUGUGAACCCGGUUCCCCAGAUUACGAGUCUACCGCUCUUAACCACUACACCACACCGGAAGUCCCUUAUGGCAUUUCUCGUCUCAGACCCUCCAAGUGUACCUGUCUUCCAGGGACAUCCCUGAUUUGUGCAAAACAGUUUUAAAAAAUACACAAUAAAAUGCUGGCAAAUUUUUGGGGAGGACUUUUUAAACAAAAGAGAUUGUAAAGUGAUGCAAAAAUGAGACAAAGCAAUUGAAGACUGCCUUGUUUAGAGGGUGCCACAGGUCAGCUGUGUUGCACAUACAAGCACUGUCUUCCCACAUUUCAUUGCUGCCAGCAGCUGUCACCUGAGGCAGCUGUCUCUGUAAAAUAGUAGGACCACCCCCCACUCCACCAAUACCAAUGGAGAGGGAGACACAAGAGGAAGGAUAAAUAAUUCAGUCAUACAAUAUUCAGAAAAGAUCGCACAUUCAUUUGCAUUAACCAUUGCAUGUUCUUUCCAGUUGCUGGGAUGCAAACCAAGGUUCUCCUUACUGGUGGCUAAUCAAAGGACCCAUUAUCUUUUCUGUUGGGGUAUGUAUCCUAUUUGCCUUUUUGUACACUUGAAUGGGGACGCGGGUGGUGCUGUGGGUUAAACCACAGAGCCUAGGACUUGCCGAUCAGAAGGUCAGUGGUUCGAAUCCUUGUGACGGGGUGAGCUCCUGUUGCUCGGUCCCUGCUCCUGCCCACCUAACAGUUCGAAAGCACAUCAAAGUGCAAGUAUAUAAAUAGGUACCGCUCCGGCGGGAAGGUAAACGGUGUUUCCGUGCGCUGCUCUGGUUCGCCAGAAGCGGUUUAGUCAUGCUGGCCACAUGACCCGGAAGCUGUACACCGGCUCCCUCGGCCAGUAAAGCGAGAUGAGCGCCACAACCCUAGUCGGCCACGACUGGACCUAAUGGUCAGAGGUCCCUUUACCUUUACCUUUACCUUUACCUUUACAGUUUUCUCUGUUUAUGGCCACAUUCACACAUUACAUGGCACCAAUUUAAACCUUCAUGGCUUCCUCAAAGAAUUCUGGGAACUGUAGUUUGUUAAGGGUAUUGAGAGACGAGCACCCUCUCUCCUCCCAGAGCUACAAUUCCCCAUGAAGAGAGAUUGAUUGUUAAACUAUUCUGGGAAUAUUGUAGCUCCAGAAGGAGAAUAGAGGGCUCCUCUCUCAGCACCCUUGAACUAUAGCCUCAUUUCUUCCUCCUAUGCAUGGAAGACCACAGUUCCCAAGAAUGCAAAAACUGGCCCUUGCAUCACCCUGUUGCUCUGGCUUAGUCAUGCUGGCCACAUAACCUGGAAGCUGUACACCGGCUCCCUCGGCCAAUAAAGCGAGAUGAGCGCCACAACCCCAGAGUCAGCCACGACUGGACCUACUGGUCAGGGGUCCCUUUACCUUUUACCUUUACACUUGAAUGGUGGGAUGUUCUGGCUUUCAUAACAGUGUGUGUGUGUGUGUGUGUGUGUGUUAAGGGGGAGAGAGAGAGAGAGAGAGAGAGAGAGAGAGAGAGAGAAGUUCAAAGACUGCUAACGCUUCAUCCCAGUCUCUGUUGAUCAAGGCCUUUUUAAAUCUUGCCUACAGCUUAGUUUUAUCUGGUGGUUCUAGUGGUUAUUUGGUUGUUGUUGUUAAUGUCAUGGUUUAUUGCAGAGUAAGCCAAACCUUCUCGGAAGAGGGUUUUCUGAGAAUUUUUUUUCUUUUUAACUCCCAUAGAAAAAGAGAGUGCUUGUAUUGGGUAUGAACUUUUGUAUAUCUUUGGGCAAGUAUCAAUACAGUCAUACCUUGGGAUGAAUACACUUCAGGUUGAACAUUUUCAGGUUGUGCUCCGCGGCGACCUGGAAGUAACGGAACAUGGUACUUCCGGGUUUUGCCGCUCGCGCAUGCGCAGAUGCUCAAAAUGAUGCAAGGAAGUGGCCAAACAUGACCUGCACAGGUGCAGAUGCGCAAUCGCAUCUUACAUUCCUUUCAGGAUGCGAACGGGGCUCUGGAGUGAAUCCCGUUCGCAUCCAGCGGUACCACUGUAAAUAUAUCUGAAAAGAAAAGAAAGAAAACAAGUGUGUUUUCCAGAAUAUGAUUUGAAUAUUCUCCCCCAUUCCCCCAAAGCAGACCCUCAGCGCUCAAGAUCAUUUCUCCAUCCAGAACAUUUUUGAGGCUAUAUAUUAAAUCUGGUGAAGGGCGGCCAAUCAAUCCAUCAAUCAAUAAAAUUUUUUAUUGUGUUAACAUUAACUGUGCUCUCUUCUUCCCUCUUCCCCUCUCUCCUCCCUAUAUCUGGGACAGGUCAACUUCAUUCUUUUUAUCAACAUCAUCAGAAUCCUGCUGAAAAAACUAGACCCGGGACAAAUCAGUUUCAACAACUCAUCUCAGUACAGGUGAAUUGAGUGGAACCAGCCAGCAGGAAGAAGUGCUGGCAGGCUGCAUACUGUGAACACAUUUUUGAGCAGAGGGCUUAGAGAAAGAUCUGAGGUUCCUAUGAAUUUGGAAUGGGGUGAAGGUAGUGGAAUGCUUCUCUUUCAUUCCUUAAUUCUAGAACAUCUGGGGUGGGGUGUGACACGAUGGGAAUGAUUGUUUAUGUACUAUUUUAUUUAUUUCAGGCAUUAAAAAAACCAAACCCCUACUCUUUGGCUAAAAAGGCUCCCGGAAUGGCUUGUACAUUUCAAUAAUGAGGCAGUGUCUGCUCCCAGGCUUGCGAUCUAAGAGGCACAGCACAAAAGGAAAAAAGGGAGGAGGAGGGAGGAGGAAAAACAAGCAAACCCAGGCACUUAGUUCUUAGUUAUAAAACUGGAGUAUAAACAGUUUGAGGAGAGGAGAAGCCAAAUGUUUCUAGUCUCUCGGCCAGUAGUGUGGUCCUGCUCUCUCUCUGCCUGAGUGGUAGAAAGCUUAGGAUGGAAGGAAGUUCCUUUAGCAAAUGUACAGGAUUCAUGGCCACAGAGUAUGAGGGAAUGGGGCACUGAUCCACCAAUCUCAGCCAGUCCCCACUGUGGCACACAAGGUCCCCGGAUGUUUCACCGUCUAUUGAUCCCUGUGCCACCACUUUAUUUCUCGCUGCCACCACCCAGGCCCUAGCUGGUACAAUACUGAGUCCAGUCAGGGUUAAAUUGGAACAUAAACUUCUGUUUAUUUAUUGCAGUUUAACAAGCAUGUGGUUUCAUAAACGGCAUCGGUUAAUUACAAUCAUGGGGUGCCUAUCCAGACCUAUAACUUCCGCUACUUGCUCUCACUCACUAAACCACCUCUCAGAUAUUUACUUGUCUUCCUAGCUCCUAACUGUUCCUGACUCAGCUUAUUUUGCUACACUAACUCAACCUACCCACAGACUCUAUCCCAAUUUACUCCCACUCCAACCAACCACCCAACUCCCAAUGAACUCUCCCCUUCGCCCCUCCCAGAGCCGGUUUUAUAGUCCCUCUGACUCCACCCCCUGGGUCCUGAUUGGGUAACCUGUUUAACUAUUUCACCUCCAGCACUCUCAUAUGUUAACGUCACACCCACCUGCCUCUUUACUUACAACCAGCGCAGGAGGUGCCAAGGGCUGCACCUCCUUGUUAGCUGUUAUGUGCUGAGUUGAAUAGGAUCCAAAAGGCAGCAGUCUGAUUGGUCCUAGAACAAUAGGAUUCAGAAUGCAGCAGUCUGAUUGGUCCACAGGAGCCACCCAAUCCAGUUCCAGGUGGAAGUGAAUCCGCAACCUGAUUGGCCUAUAGGAGAAUCCUGGAAUUAGUCAAUCACGUUGGGCCCACUGUGUAAAUAAUGUAGAUAAAGCAGACAUUCUGGGGGAACUUCCAUUCCUCCUCACCACUAUGAGCUGAAUAAUGAGCAUGAAAUCCACUUUCGACUCCAAGUAUAUUUCAUUAGCGUUGCCUCCCAUCAACAGAUAGGCAGUGAGGACAAAGCUAGGAUCAUUUUGCUCUCUUUUCCAUUGGCUCAAAUUCCACCAUUUGGCGGCUCCCCUCAUUUCCUGCCUUGCCAGUUCCAACGGCCCCGAACGUCACUUUAGAUCAAUUGAGAUGCUGGGAGCGCCAUCUUGUGCCCGUUUUCUGUAAGCCAAGGAGUCAUGACCGUGUUUUCCUCCCGAUUUCUCCUCCCAAACCCAGGCGUCUCUGUAAGUCAACUCUGCUCCUCAUCCCUCUGUUUGGGACACAUUACAUCAUCUUCAAUUUUCUUCCCGAUUACGCCAACGUGGGGGUCCGGCUCUCCCUGGAGCUCUGCAUUGGAUCAUUCCAGGUGAAGUAUGGACUUAAGGGAUUUUACAAGUGUGCUUUGCCACUGUUGAGUUGUUUUUAUUAUUAUUUAUUUAUUCACUUUUUCCAGUCAGUACAAACACCAAACUAAAAAGACACGUACAAGAAAAAACCAUAAUAACAAUAAUAACACAAACUGACAGCGCAAAUUUAGAUACAGUAAUACCCCAUGCCUUGUUCUUGUUGUUGUUGUUGUUUAGUCAUUUAGUCGUGUCCGACUCUUCAUGACCCCAUGGACCAGAGCACGCCAGGGACUCCUGUCUUCCACUGCCUCCCGCAGUUUGGUCAAACUCAUGCUGGUAGCUUCGAGAACACUAUCCAACCAUCUAGUCCUCCAUCCUCCCCUUCUCCUUGUGCCCUCCAUCUUUCCCAACAUCAGGGUCUUUUCCAGGGAGUCUUCUCUUCUCAUGAGGUGGCCAAAGUACUGGAGCCUCAGCUUCAGGAUCUGUCCUUCCAGUGAGCACUCAGGGCUGAUUUCCUUCAGAAUGGAUAGGUUUGAUCUUCUUGCAGUCCAUGGGACUCUCAAGAGUCUCCUCCAGCACCAUAAUUCAAAAGCAUCAAUUCUUCUGUGAUCAGCCUUCUUUAUGGUCCAGCUCUCACUUCCAUACAUCGCUACUGGGAAAACCAUAGCUUGAACUAUACGGACCUUUGCUGGUAAGGUGAUGUCUCUAUGCCUACUCCUUGUUUAUCACCAUUCUCUCCUCCCUCUAUUUCCCACUGUUAUCUGCCUUGUCACUUAGAUAUUUGUUCCAAAUUUCUUUGUAUUUAUCCAUUCUUAUUUUGCGUCAACAAGCAAUUCUUUCGUAUGUAGCUAAUCUGUCCAUAUUAUCAAUCCAUAUGCUCAGUGGAAUCUUUUUGUGACUUCCAAUUCAUCAAAACAAGUUGUUGUUGUUUUUUGCUUCUAAUAUACAACCACCUUUUUUGGCCCCGCAAGAACUUCCAAGUUUCUGGAAUAUAAUUUAGAAUUAAAUUCAGUUCCCCUAAAUAACAGUUUCUUUUUAUUACUUUUGCUUUAAAUAUCCUCACCUUGCUCCAGAAUGGUCUGAUCAUUGGGUGGUUAAUCAACAUAUGUAUUAAGUUCGCAUUUUUACUCCCACAUCUCCAGCAAUUAUCUGCACUUGUUAUUUUCUUCUGAUAGAAUCUUGCUGGAGUCCAGUGGACUCUAAAUACCAUUUUCUGUUGAAUAAGUCUAAGCCUUAAAUCCAUAGAGGCUUUUUCUAUUGAUUUUAUACUUGUCGCCCGUAUAUCAUUUGUUAUCUAUACUCCUAGCUCUUUACUCCGUCUUUGUCUUUCAUAUUCUAAUGUAGUAAAAUCGUAUUUCUUCCUGUUAAGUAAAGAUUUAUAUAGUGCUAGUGUAGGAUUUUUUUGUUUUGUUGCAGAGAUUAAAUCUUGUAACAGCAUGGGUGUUUCUGAUGCUGCUAUAGCGUCAGGGCCUCCUAAUCUUAGAGUUAGGAGUCUCAUCCUGGUUUAUAAUCACAAGUUGGCUCACUGCUGCUGCUCUCAGACUGAAUUGCUCACACAAUUCAGGGUAUCAUCUAAAUCAGGGUUGAGGUACCUUUGUCUCUUUGACUGCCAUCAGCCCCAGCCAUAUUUUCUGGUAGAAGAAGAAGAAGAGUUUGGAUUUGAUAUCCCGCUUUAUCACUACCUGAAGGAAUCUCAAAGCGGCUAACAUUCUCCUUUCCCUUCCUCUCCCACAACAAACACUCUGUGAGGUGAGUGGGGCUGAGAGACUUCAGAGAAGUGUGACUAGCCCAAGGUCACCUAGCAGCUGCAGGUGGAGGAGCAGGGAAGCGAACCCGGUUCACCAAAUUACGAGUCUACCACUCUUAACCACUACACCACACUGGCUCUCAAUCAUACCUCAUGUUAUAUUUCCUUCAUGUUACAUUUUUUUUCAGAUUGUGUCCCGUGGUGACCUGGAAGUACUGGAAAGGGUUACUUCCGGGUUUCGCCACUCGCGCAUGCGCACAAGCGCCAAAGUGUGCCGCACACCUGUGCAGAUACAGCGCUUCAGGUUGCACACUUUUCAUGUUACGAACGGGCCUCCGGAACUGUUCGCAACCAGAGGUACCACUGUAUAGUCUAGCAGUGACAAGACAAAAGUUCUGAUCAUGGAUGAAGUUGCCUUCAUAAGAGUUGGACCAUUGCUGAGUAGCCUGCUUCAGCCUGGGGGGGUCACAUUCCCUAGUGAUUCAAACAUCCAGGGAUCACAUACCUCUGUUGGUAAGUGUCCCUGGCCCAGCCGUCCAAAACUCAGGGUGAUGAGCGAAAGGGGUGACUUCCCGCUUCCUUCUCAAAGCCUAGUAAGCUAUUGCUUCAGGAAGGAGGUGUGAGGGCUCUGACAGGGACCUAGAGUCCUUCUUCUCGAAGCCUAGUUAGCACUAUAUAACACCGGUCCUGAAAGACCUUCACUGGCUCCCAGGAUGUUUCUGAGCAAAAUUCAAAGUGUUGGUGCUGACCUUUAAAGCCCUGAAUGGCCUCUGCUCAGUAUAACCGAAGGAACAUCUCCACCCCCAUCGUUCAGCCCGGACACUGAGGUCCAGCUCUGAGGGCCUUCUGGCAGUUCCCUCACUGCGAGAAGCAAAGUUACAGGGAACCAGGCAGAUGGCUUUCUCGGUAGUGGCGCCCGUCCUGUGGAACGCCCUCCCAUCAGAUGUCAAGGAAAUAGACAACUAUCUGACUUGUCUGAAGGCAGCCCUGUAUAGGGAUGUUUUAAUGUUUGUUGUUUUAUUGUGUUUUUAAUACAGUGGUACCUCAGGUUAAGAACUUAAUUUGUUCUGGAGGUCUGUUCUUAACCUGAAACUGUUCUUAACCUGAGGUACAGCUUUAGUUAAUGGGGCCUCCCGCCGCCGCGCAAUUUCUGUUCUCAUCCUGAAGCAAAGUUCUUAACCCGAGGUACUAUUUCUGGGUGAGCGGAGUCUGUAACCUGAAGCGUCUGUAACCUGAAGCGACUGUAACUCGAGGUACCACUGUCUUCUGUUGGGAGCCACUCAGAGUGGCUGGGGAAACCCAGCCAGGUGGGGGAGGGGUAUAAAGAAUAAAUUAUUAUUAUUACUACUACUACUACUUGCCCAGCUUUGGGAAGGAGACAGGAGGACUCAAGGACCCUGCCAGAUCGUCGCAGCUCCUUUUCCAAGCUCAGCACCUCGCCUCCCUGACUUUUGGAGGGCGAUAUGAGGGCUGGGAGCUGCUGGGGGGGGGGGGAAGCCUCAAAUUUGGUCCUCACCAAGGACACCAUAUUACUAAGGUCCAUUCCUGUCAGGGGCAUAUUACAUCUUAAGGGAGGGGGACCGGAGGAGGGUGUGGGAGAGGGACUGUGGUGUGGUUUGGGGAGGAGGCAUGGCCAAUGGAGAAUUUAAUUUAGGAAUUUAAUUUCUGUGUUUUUUCCUCCUUGUUAUACAGGGCUUCAUUGUUGCUGUUCUGUACUGCUUCCUAAAUCAAGAGGUAAGAAGAGCUGGGGCUGCGGACUUUGCAAUAUUUUGCCUUGGCUGCGUUUUCAGAGAAGUAAAGGCUUGCGAUUCCCAUGACCACAGCAGAAAACAAAAUUGAGCGAUUCAAAAUCCGGCCAGGAAAUCCUAAGCGCAACAAGACACAGAAGCAGAGAGUAUAAACCAGGCUUCCUCAAACUCAGCCCUCCAGAUGUUUUUGGCCUACAACUCCCAUAAUCCCUAGCUAGCAGGACCAGUGGUCAGGGAUGGUGGGAAUUGUAGUCUCAAAACAUCUCUAGGGCUGAGGUUGAGGAAGCCUGGUAUAAACCCUUCCCUGUUCUCAUCUUUGUGAGGAUGUGGCCCUCUCGUGGUUACACAAAUUAUUGCUUCCCCCAGCCUCCAACAUCAGCAUGGCCAUAGAAUGAUGGAAUUGUAGAGUUGAAAGGUACCCCUGGGGUCAUCUAGUCCAACCCCCUGCAAUGCAGAAAUCUCAUCUAAAGCAUCCCUGACAGAUGGCCACCCAACCUCUGCUUAAAAACCUCCAAGGAAGGAGAGUCCACCACCUUCUGAAGGAGUCCCUUCCACUGUUGAAUUCUUUACUGUCAGAAAGUUCCUCCUAAUGUUUAGUCGGAAUCUCCUUCCUUGUAACUUGAAGCCAUUGGUUUGGGGCCUGCCCUCCAGAGCAGGAGAAAACAGGAUUGCUCCAUCUUCCAAGUGACGGCCCUUCCAACUCUGUGAUUUUGUGAUUCAAUCAAUCAAUCAAUCAAUCAAAAUGACCUGAUGCUAUGGAAGCUUCUGCUUAUUUCCUUCUAUAUAUUUAUAUGCUGCUUAAUAUCACGACAGUCUCUAAGGUAAAGGUAAAGGGACCCCUGACCAUUAGGUCCGGUCAUGACUGACUCUGGGGUUGCAGCGCUCAUCUCGCUUUAUUGGCCGAGGGAGCAGGCAUACAGCUUCCGGGUCAUGUGGCCAGCAUGACUAAGCCGCUUCUGGCGAACCAGAGCAGCGCACGGAAACGCCGUUUACCUUCCCACCGGAGCGGUACUUAUUUAUCUACUUGCACAUGAUGUGCUUUUGAACUGCUAGGUUGGCAGAAGCUGGGACAGAGCAACGGGAGCUCACAUUGUUGCGGGGAUUCGAACAGCCGACCUUCUGAUCGGCAAGUCCUAGGCUCUGUGGUUUAACCCACAGCGCCAACCAUGUCCCUCAGUCUCUAAGGUAGGUAGAUGUUAAACAGUGAAACUAAGCAAAUAAUAAUGAUGCAACACUAGAAAAAUGAUAAAAUCCCCCCAAAGUGCCCACUGUGUUUUCUGAUGCCAACAGUUGACACCUCAACUUUUGCAUUUGUUGGCACUGACAAAUUUCAGUCGAAGUGUAAAAUAGCUAAGAAUAAUCCAAAGGUUUUAGGUUUAUUCCUUCUGUGCUUGACAUAUAACAAAUGUCACCGACAGAGCUUUGCACUUUUACUCUGGCUGUGUCUGAGAACUGAAAUGGCAGCUUUCUGGUAAUGGCAGCUCUUUUAUUUUUAAAGGUACAGGCGGAAAUUUGUCGGAAAUGGCGUGGCAACAGCUAUGGAUUUAUGCCGAUUUGGAGGAAGAGGACAAGGUGGACCGUGCCAUCGAGUUCUGGCAUCAAGAUGACAACCUCGGUGUGUUAGGGGUGACUGAUAAGGCGAAAGGAAACAGGAAGGACCAGAAGAAAGGAAUGUGGAGUUUGGGAAGAUGUUGUCACCCAGAUUCAUCACUAAGCUGAGAGUUAGUUCUCCAAACCAAGCACCUCCAUCGCUUAAAGAUUGUGGCUUCAGCAUAGAACAUUAUGACCUUCUCAUUUCUCAGAUUUUGGAUCUCUUGCACCUGCCUCUGAAGUGGAAAUGAUGGUUAUAAAAUCUCCAUUGUUCCUCCCCCCCUCCUCAAAUUGUGGUAUACAGAGCUUAUCUCAGCUCCUUCGUUUUGCUUUGUGGAAUAGACUAUGGCUCAAGCC